AUGAGCGUUUUCCUCAAUCCGGGCGUACACACCAACGCUGUACUCGUCAAAGCCCAUCAGCAUCGUAUGCUCGCAAGCACUCUGCUUGCUCGGCAGCCUUUCAAAGCGAUUGUCUUGAUCUACUAUAUCACCUCGAGCUUGUUUGUCUGUGCACCAGCAUGGGCUCUCUGGUACUUACCGCGUUCGAACCGACCGCGUCGCUCGUGGUCGCUCGCACAUCUGCUCAUGACAAAGCUCAUCUUUCGCAUUUCCGCGGGUGUAGUCAGAACUCGGGUCGCCAUGCAAGCGCGCGACCCAUUUGAGGACCACACGAGGCCAGCAGGCAGAGCUGCGGAAGCUCUGAAGGAAUGCGACUUUGAAUUCGUCGAGCCUGUUGCAGACGACAAGGUGAAAGGCUUCGCGGCGGAUCCUGACAUCAAGCCAGAGCGUGUUGGCGCGUAUAUCUGGCCGAGCAGUUCAAGGCUAGAUGAUCCUGAAGACCGCCGUCUCGUCAUGCUCUUCUGUCAUGGAGGAGCCUACACGUACCACUCUGCUCAUCCUACCAGCGACACGUCACGCAUCCCACGCCAAUUUGUGAAAUCCUACACCGACACUGUCAAGGCUAUCUAUUCGGUUGACUUCCGGACGAGCUUGCAUACGCCUGCACCUGCACAGCUGCUCGAUGCCAUAUCUGCCUAUGCCACCCUGAUCGAUAAGCAUCAUGUACCGCCGCAGUCCAUCAUCAUCACCGGGAACUCUGCAGGAGGAAACCUGUGCCUCGCGCUGGCUAGAUAUCUGCGCGAUGAGCAGGUCUAUCCGCUGCCAGGUGGAAUCUACCUGCAAUCACCGUGGUCGAACCCUUCCUACAACACCAAGAUAGAUGGCUACAACUCAUCCAUUCUGCGUAAUUGCAAUGUCGAUUUUCUCAACUUUCCCGCGCUCGGUGAUUUCGUCCAGGCAGCAUUAAGAGGGACCAAACCCAGAGAAUAUCUCAACUCGCUCUACAUUUCUCCCGGCCGGCCAGCCUUGCAAGUCACCGAAGCGGCGUUCAAAGGCUUCCCGAGGACCUUCAUCAACUAUGGAGAAGCCGAAAUACUGUACGAAGAGAUUCGAGUGCUCAUCGAACGUAUGCGUCUCGGCGGCGUCGAGCUCGAGAUCGACGAGAUAACAGACGCGAUGCACGAUCCUUUGUGCACCGAAACGGGCAAUGUCGAGCGCAUAGACCGGAUCAUCGAAGCCACUCGUCCAUGGCUCACGCAAUGCCUCAAGGAUGCCCAUGCGAGCCACGCGGGCCAACAAUAG